AUGGGUAUUUCCAGAGAUUCGCGUCACAAGAGAUCGGCCACCGGUGCCAAGAGAGCCCAAUACCGUAAGAAGCGGAAGUUCGAAUUGGGCCGUCAAUCCGCCUCGACCAAGUUGGGCGCCAAGAGAGUCCACGCCGUCAGAACCAGAGGUGGUAACCAAAAGUUCAGAGCUUUGCGUGUUGAAGCCGGUAACUUCUCGUGGGCCUCGGAAGGUGUCGCCAGAAAGGCGAGAAUCUCCUCGGUCGUCUACCACCCUUCGAACAACGAAUUGGUCAGAACCAACACCUUGACCAAGUCGGCCAUCGUCCAAAUUGACGCCACCCCCUUCAAGCAAUGGUUCGACAACCACUACGGUGUCGUCUUGGGUAAGGCCAAGGAAGGUGAAGAGCCCACCAAGAGAUCGAAGAAGGUCGAAAGAAAGCUCGCCUCGAGAUCGGGCGCCGCCAAGAUCGAAGCUGGUGUUGAAUCGCAAUUCACCGCCGGUAAGUUGUACGCUUGCAUUUCGUCGAGACCCGGUCAAUCUGGUAGAUGUGACGGGUACAUUUUGGAAGGUGAAGAACUCGCCUUCUACGUCAGAAGAAUGACUGCUAAGAAGUAA